GGACUUCUCCGUCUAUGUUUUCUAGAAUAGUACCAUCUCACAAUCAAAGAUUCGAACACAUUGUAAGUGAACAAUAAAAGAUGGAAAACAGUGUUUCCGAUACAGAUCCAAUACCACAAAUUUUAGAGAAAGUCUGUUUUGAUGCCAAUCUCGAAUCUCCUCCUAUAUCAGCUCUUGAAGAAACGAGAAGGGCCUCCAAUUAUCUAAAAGGAUGGCCUCUGCAUUUGCUCACCACAGCACUAAUGCUCGCUAUCUUUCUUCCUCAGGUUGAAGGAACAAUUGCAGCAACAGCUCUAAUAUCUAUCACGAAUGAUUUACGAGGUUUCAACGAAAGCAGCUGGAUUAUCACGGCAUACAUGCUCACAUAUACUUGUUUUCUUAUUAUCAGCGCAAAGCUUAGUGAUAUCUUUGGCCGAAAGUCCCUUUUACUAGUUUCAGUUGGAUUGUUUGUUAUAUUCUCAGCUGCAUGUGCUGGAGCACAGUCAAUGACUCAGUUGAUCAUACUUAGAGCCUUCCAAGGCAUUGGUGCAUCAGGAACCUAUGCUCUUGUUACUGUCAUCCUAUUCGAGCUUGUACCGUCGGAGAAAUAUGCUUCUUACACAAGUAUACUAGCUGCAAUCCUGGGGACCUCCCUCGUGAUAGGGCCGAUUCUCGGGGGUAUCAUUUGCAACUUUACGACUUGGAGGUGGAUCUUCAUUAUCAAUGUAAUUCUAGGCGCAAUUACGAUAGUACUCUUAUCCUUAGCUUUGCCCAAAAAUUAUCCUCACCACCAUCUCCCUGAGUCGAUGUACAAACCCAAGACAUUAAGCGAGAGCUUUUCUAGGCAACAAUUCGGGAGAGUGGACUUCAUAGGAACGGGCCUUCUCUUAUGUGCAGCAAUCCUCUUGAUCGUUGCACUCGAAGAAACCGGUAUCGACUAUAAAUGGAACUCUGGAUUCAUCAUUGCAAUGCUAACAAUUUCCAUCAUCUCGUGGAUUUCAUUUUUUGCAUGGUCAUGGAGAAUAACUUCAUGGGAUGGAACCCGCGAACCUAUAUUCCCGUGGAGAUUUUUAACGAGUCGAACUUGUGCUGGACUUUUUAUUAUUGUAUUCUUGACUGGAAUGCCACUUACUGUUGCGCUUGUCCAGCUGCCGUUGCGUUUUCAAGUGGUCAACGGGCUUUCCCAACUUAACGCUGGUGUACGUCUCUUGCCUUUUCUGGCUUUCACUCCUGUUGGAUCAAUGGUUACGGCUGGCGUGGAGGGAAAGUUCAAAGUCCCACCAUUGUACAUGUUUAUCGCGGCUUCGUGUCUCCAAAUCGCGGCGUUCACAUUACUCAGUUUCUCUCCUACCGAUAGCCACAUUAACCAUGCACAGUAUGGAUAUCAGGCAAUGGCUGCUAUUGCUAUCGGGAGUUCUCUAGCUAGUUUGACGGUGAUGGCCCCUUUCAUGGUGGAGGAACGAGAUAAAUCUGUUGCGAUGGCUGCCGUCCUCCAAUUUCGAACGAUGGGAGGUGCUAUUGGAUUGGCAAUUGUUACCACCGUGAUGAAUCGUUACAUCAAAACCCAUUUGUCGGAAAUUUUGACACCGAAUCAAGUACAUGAAAUAUUGCGGAGCACGGAAAGUCUGGCAUUGUUACCGCCCUCGGCACUUAGACCUGUGACAGAAACGUUUGCGAGAGGCUUCAAUUUACAAAUGCGAAUCUUGAUAGGGACAUCUGUAGCUCAGAUACCUUUUUCAAUGCUCGUUUGGCGGAAGAAACAGAUCGUUGUAUAGAUAUUUGUGUAGCAAGACUUUGAAGGAGCCAGACUAAAGAAUGAAACAAUUCAUUAAUAAGUAAUUUCUUUUGGGCUGUCUGGGGAAGGUUGAAAGCAGAUGAGAACCCUAAUGUUAAUUCUAUACAAGCUCACCACCUUUCGACUCCAGGCGGGCGAUCCAAUCAAAGCGAGCGCCA